AUGUUAUCUUCGGAUUGGGAGAGGCAGUCGAGUCUCCCGUGGCAACAAUUUCCUCACCGUUGCCAGCUUUCUCCAACCGUGUGCACACGACGCGGACACUUGGGAAGNCCAAUAUUGCAAUUGGCUGCUAUACCGGAGCUAGAUAUGCUGCUUGCCUUGGCCGAAGGCAAGAUGAAUGUCUAUCAAUUACAGAACUGUCAGUUAAUCACUACGGUACCGAACAGCCGGAGCGCGUCAGUGUUCUCACAUUGUCUAUCCGAUGUGAAUAACACGAUGGGACUGUAUCAUCCUAGCUGCAUGGUUAUCGUUCCCACGGUUGCUGCGCGAUCCGGUGUUGGUCGCCAAGCGACCAAUGAUGGCGGUCCGAUUGACAAACCACCCGCCCUGCGUAUAUGUGUGGCGGUGAAGCGGCGCUUAUUUCUGUGGCGUUGGAAUCCCGCAGCACAAGAAUUCGUGACUGUUGGCGGAACGGACGAUUCGAUUUCUGUGACAUGUUUGCCAGAGAUAAAUUUCCCUGAAGAGGUCCGAUGUGUCAUGUUUGUUGAUGCUACUUCUGUUUUAGUGGGAAUGCGCGCGGAAUAUUUGUUGGUAUCCCUUGUCUCUGGUGAGAUACGUACUAUCGCUAAUCCUNNNCAACUACCCCUGAUGUGCCGUCUGUCUGGUUGUUUUCGGGCCCCAGAGACAGAUCUGCAUCUUGGUCAACUUGUACCCACUCAUCCGUUUGUCACUUCCUCGCCGGAAUCAAGGAAGGUAUCUGUGGAACGAGGCUCGACCGCGGGUCUUAAUUCCGGCCAGACUGUCCAACUGUGUGAUGAUCCGGCCCCGAUCGGUCUCGGCCGAGAUGAUCUACUCCAAGUUAUUUCCAGCACUGGCUCUGUGGGAAGUCUGAGGCAACAAAUACGUUGGACCAACGUUCCGCAUCAAUUUCACACGAUGGACAAAUUUCUUGAAGUGCGAAUAGCUGAAACCUGUGAACUGAUUCAACAAUUACCGAUCGCUCGUGUCCAAGCCUUGUGUCAUUAUCACGGCUGGUUGUACGCAGCUACUGCACCUGCCACUCAGCAUCCUCAACCCGACGUGAGAACUCCCAGUUCCGGUUCCCCCGAUUCACUAAAGUCGCCAGGGGGUACUAGUGUGGACUCUCUAGCCUCUCACGUGAGCAAAUCAAUGGGAAGUGGAAAUGAGAUUUGGUUGAUUCUCUCAACUAACCGAAUGCAUUUGGUGGAAACUCUCAUUCGGCAUCAAGAAUUCGAUUUGGCUCAACGUUUGGCCUCCGUGGCCGCGUGGACUGGUCAGACCCCGAUUGAGACGCGCAUGAUCGCUAUUUUGCACGCAUGUCAUCUCUAUCGACAACGCGCUUUUCCUGAGGCCUUGCGAAUUUUCACACAACAAUUGAUUGAUCCUUCGCAUGUUCUAAGUCUUUUUCCUGAUCUGAUACCGGAAACGAUUCGAUCCCAAAUUCAUUAUCCCUCGGGACUUGAGUUAUUGGACGCUGAACGUUGUACCAGUGCCUUCGAACCCCUGAUCACCUUCCUCCUGACUUGGCGACGUGUUCUGAGACAGGCUUUAUCAUUAAAUCACAGCAAUCAGCCUUCUUCUCUCACUACAAUUCGUGGUCCGUUCUCGGAUCCGACUAGGGAUUUAGCUGUGACAUGUUACCCAAUUUUCGAGACCAGCUCAUGCACAAAUUCGGCCCUAACUUUGCUGGAAUUAAUUGACACCGGUCUGUUGAAAUGUUAUCUGGCAACCAACAGUGCGCGAGUUGGUCCGUUAUUACGUCAAGCCAAUUCCUGUCAACUGGAAGAAUCGGAGAAAACAUUGUUCGCAAAUCAUCGCUAUCAAGAUGUUGUCAUGCUGUAUCAAUCACAUGGUAUCCAUCAAAAAGCUCUCAGUGUAUUGCAGCAGCUCGGUAUGGUUCGCCUCAAACGAAUGGGCAUUAGUUCACCUGAAGCCUCAAACCUUGUCACACACUCGAUGGACGUGCCCCCCAUUGAUACGAACCUUGUGGAUUCUGCUGAGCUUGAAUAUCUGGGUCACCCGCGAACCAUGGUGCGUUAUUUAAAAUCGCUUGGACCGAGUCACUUUGAUUUCGUGGUGGACUACGGAGAUUGGGUAGUGCGAUGGUACCCGUUCACAUGGAUGCGUAUUUUUGUAGCUUGGGAGCGGCAACUGUACUUGGAACGUCGAGAGCACACGGUCACUAGUCAGGCGGAAACAAGCAGUGAAGUGAAAUCCUUCUCACGCUCCUACCGGGGUCAAGUGUUGAAGUAUUUGGAUGAAAACGCUCCGCAUCUGGUUAUUCCGUUCAUGGAACUGCUCAUUUUCGGUCGUCCGGAUCGCGAAGUUGAUAGCGAAGAUGAGGAGGAGGAGGAGGAUCAAACAAAUGACUCAAAUGGAACCAUCGAGGAACCGUGUGAUCCUCACAGAUCACACUCACAUCUAUCUGAAAAGGUUCGUUCUACAAGUGCUUCAUUUUCACUCCUGCACACACUGAUUGCACUGAUUCAGUCGUUUCUGCCAUUUUCUCACUUUUUAAUUAUCAUCUCAAAAACAAUGACCGUCUUCAAAACGCUGUCGCAAUCUCAGGAAUUUCUGUUGACUGAUCACUAUUUUAGUUCCCUCCCAUCCGAAUAG